CGUUACGUUAUCAGUCAGCCUUUAUUCUAAUUUUUAAUUAUUUCAAUAAGAUUACAGAGAUUUAUUAUAUUUUUUUAGUAAAUAAUCUUAGAUAUUAUAGGGAAAAGAUAUAUAUUAUUCGUUUUAUCAUUAAUUAGUGAUCAAACUAGUGUCGAGUGUUAGACGUGACUCAAGUGUUUGUUCAAAUAUUCAUAAUGGUAAAAAAUCAUUGAUGGGUAUUGUUUACGAAUUUCGUGGAAUUGAAGAUAUCACCGACUGCCUUUGGAUAUAUUAGGUAUUAGGAUGGAAGGGAGCAACGAUUCGUUGUCAAUUUUGACUGCGCCCAUGAGUGGGUCGUCUGCGGUGCUGCUGACCCCGGGACGGACGAGGAACAUAGCUCAGGACAUGGAGGCUCUGAGACUUUCGCGACAGGACAACCCAUUUUUACAGCAAGUAAUCAAGGCGAGCAGGGAGAGUCUAAUAGAGAGCCAUAUUGAUGAGUGUGAAUCUGACGACACCAUAUUAAUGUCACAGGACUUUGGCAGUUCAGCGCUAGACUUUGUAGAAGAAGAUCCAUUGACCUUGAAAGAGGUGCAUGAACAUAUGAUCAGGUCCCCUCCUCCUACAAGCUGCUGGUCUAAUGAGUCGCUCUCAUACCGCGCCGCGUCUGCGUUCGAGUUCGGAGCCGACAGCCCCGUGUCGUUUAGCGCCUACUCCGUCGCGCACGAGAAGGAAUGUUCCCGCUCCCCCCGACGUUCUCGAGCGUCGCGCUCCGCGUCGCCACGUUCCCACGACCUGGCGCUCUGCGGGCGACCGCUCUCCUUGCCAGGUGAAAGUCACCUCCGCAACGCCCUAAGCAAAAAAGUGCAACCAGAGCGCUUUUCCCUUCUACAGCAUCCCCGUCCGUUACGCAGACCAGCGCGACAAGACGACGAGAGCGUUCAACUUGUACCUGAUGACAAGUAAAGUCAAGAAUAUUGAUGUUUAUUGGUAAUAGAUGUUGAUUGGGUUACAGGUUAUAUUGGUAACCGUAUUGUGCGAGAACUCGUAACCGAUGACAGGUAGGUAAGGAUAUUGGUGUAUACUGGUAACAAAUGUUGGUAUAGGUUAAUUCAUAAACAGCUAGCGCGAGAUUUGUACUGAACUAUCAAAAUCCUCUUGCCAGCUUUUGUGAAUCGACCUAUAGUCUAGUUGUGAGGUUAUACAGGUUAUGUUGGUUACCGUAUUGUGAAGUUUACAAUCCUAAAGGUGAUGU